AUCAUCUUGCCUGUCGUCAGCGAGUCCCGCUGUCACUGUCCAAUCCUGGCUGGGGUCGGCAGUCCUCGUCUUGUUAUGGCAAGGAUUGAGUAAGUGUGAUGGCGACCGAGGCGGCUCAGAGGGGCUCGAUAAACGACAACAGUGGCGGAGCCGGAGGCGGGGGGUUCGGGAAAGAGUCGGACCGGGACCGAACUACCUUCGAGUGCAAUAUUUGCCUGGAUACAGCCAGGGACGCUGUUAUUAGUCUAUGCGGUCAUCUAUUCUGCUGGCCAUGCCUGCAUCAAUGGUUGGAAACCCAACCAAACAGACAGGAGUGCCCUGUGUGCAAGGCAGGAAUCAGCAGAGACAAAGUCAUUCCUCUGUACGGGAGGGGGAGCACCAGCCAAGAGGACCCCAGGUCAGACCCCCAGAACAGCAGCAUCCACAGUCCAGGGCAGGAAAUAAUACUCCGAAUGCACAGCACUUUCACCCAUUUCAGGUUAAAAACGCCACCAAGACCCCAGGGACAGAGGACAGAGCCUGAGAGUCAAGGGCCCUUCCAGGGUUUCGGAGAUGCUGGGUUCCACAUGUCCUUUGGGAUCGGCGCCUUCCCCUUCGGCGGCUUCACAACAGUAUUCAACAGCAACAUGCACAACCACAGAGCAGAGCACAACGUGGGUAACCCUGGCAACGGUAACCCUAACAGCUGGCAGGAUUCUCUCUUCCUGUUCGUCGCCAUUUUCUUUUUCUUCUGGCUGCUGAGUGUGUGAGGAAGGCCAGGCAGGAAGUGAGGUCAUCAGACACCAACCACACAGUGCAAUGUGGGUACAGAGCCCGCCUCAAACCCCAAUUUAGGGGAGAGAAUCAAAGGAAUGGGGGUAUGGGAGCCAGUUAUAAUAGUGUGGGGGAGAGAAAUACAGAUUUUUUUUAAUUUAUUUUUUGAAACAUUCCCUUUUAGAAACUGCACAAUUUCCAUUAUUAUUAUUACUAUUAUUAUUAUUAUUAUUAUUAUUAUUAUUAUUAUUAUUAUUAUUAUUAGUUAUUAUUAAAGUUAAGUGGCUCAGAUCAUGGAAGAAGGUUCAUGAAGUUCUGUGGUUACUCCAGGGAUGAGGCUGAGUAACCCAAGCGAGCCCCUGAAGGUGAAAUAAACACAGCAGUAACACAUUAAACUGCUGAAUUCAGAGAUUUCCUUUCUUAGAUCCAGCUCUGCAUCUGCUUUAAGCGAGGCGAUGGCGUGAUUUGAAACAGUGCGAUUCUCCUGCUCACUCUGUCAUAGGGUUAGAAUGAAUGCGAGAUUCCAAAAUGAGAUCAAGUAAAGAAACACACUGUAGCAGUUGAAGUUAUUCAAUGCUAGAACUCAACACUUAUAUAAUAUAGCGUUAUAGGGCUGCAAACAUUGAGUUCAUUUUGGCACGAGUAGAAGUGAAUGGCACGGGGAGUCUCGAUGUAAUCCACACACAACAAUCCAGCAGUAUACACAGACCUAGAACUGUAUUAUACACUGCUUUAUAUAAGUAUUGAGAAUAAAGCACUGUAAAAACUCAAUAUGGUACAGUUGAUGUCACAAAUCGGGUUUCUCUGUGAUGUGUCAUGGAAUGCAAGGUGAAAAAUGUGCUCUGAUUGGCUGAAAGGUCCUCAGCAGUCUUAAAGUAUUGUGUUUAGCUACUGAUAACUUUGGUGAGUGUGUGUAUGUGUUUAUAUAUAUAUAUAUAUAUAUAAACAGUAUGAAAAUCUUACAUUUUUUAAAUGUGUAAAACCACACCCCCUUCCAAAAAAUAAAUAAAAUUACCAAUCCCACUUUUGUAAAUUUAGAUAAAUAUGCACUUUUUUUUUUUUUUUUUUAACUAUACGUAUAUUAUAUUGUCCAUUCUGAUUUACUUAAUGAAAAAAUAAGAGAAAAUCAAUUGUAUGGUAUUGUUUAAUAAUAAUGGUGAUUUUUACAAACGCAGUAAUUCUAUAAAUCCUACCUGUUGUUCUCUUCCAACUGUUAUACAGGUCUCAGAUAUGUUCUGGCAUGCAGGUGUUUGAUUAAGAAACACCUAGUACUACACUAGGCUGCAAGCCAUGCUUUCAGAUAGUGCUGCACUUCCUUGGUCACCUAUAGAGUGAAAUUAUCCCCACCCUUAAGGGUUUCCUUUCAUUAACUAACCAGCUGCUGCUUCCCCUAUUGACUGACACGCUUUCAGCCAGUAACAUCACAUGACACUGGUGAUGUAAAAUGACCCAGGAAGUGCAUAUUAAAAUGUCCAUGUCUGCUAUAACUCUCAGAGCUGCCUGUGCAGCUCAUGGGCGUGCACAGCAGGUAAAGUCUUAUUUUGUGAUCUGCAAUCCCUUUUUAAUUCAUUUUGGCUGCGGUGGGGAUAGGGGGGGUUAUGGGGGAUACGUUGUCUUUUUCCAAUGUCUUUGUUGUACUAAUGUAAUGACAUUCUUUCAGAUUGCACUGUCCGCUUUCUCCCUGCCUCUAUUACAGAUUACACAGGUGAAGGUCGAUUGGUGUGGAUUGGGCUCAUUUAACAUUCCAAGCGGAACAAGCAAAUGUAACCGGGCAAAAUAAUCUGUAACGGCAGCGUAUCGCACGAUGCUGCCCGUCUCACAGAGAAACAGCUGCCUGGGUUUGCGAUGAUUGCUGCUUUUCUGAGACUCUGUGGAGGACUGCAAUCCACACAAACCCAAGCAGCUGCUUCCUCACUUGUUUUACUUUGAAAUGAAAUCAGCCAGAUCGACACCCCUGACCCUCUCCCGAUUUGUCAGCACCUGAUUGCUGUGAAUAGCUGUGAAUAAUCAGAUAAUUGAUUUCUGUGGAGAGCUGUGAGUAAUCAGAUAAUUGGUUUGUGCAGCGCUAAUACUGAGAAUCAGCAGGCAACUUUUUAUUAUUAACAGCUCUGGGACAAAUAUCUGAACAUUUGAACAGAUGAUCCUUGAAAUGAAUUCAGUGGCAAAAAUGACCACGUUUGUAUUCGGUCAUAAAACAGAAUUUAUAAGAGACUGUAUGAAAAAGAUGCCAAACCAAUAUAACAGUGAGGUCUGUAAGAUAUAACGCCCAUUCCACGUUAUAGCAAAGUGUUGAACUCUCCUUUCUUUCAUAGGUGAAGGGGGAGAGAUUGCUUUUUAUGCAAUGUGGAACGAAUUAUACUCUUUGUUUUCCCAGCUAAUUUAAAAUGAAGGAAUAUCUGAAAAACACAUUUUUGCCCCAGCCAUCAAAUCACAAACUCAAUUGAACUGAACUUCCAUGAGGGGAUGGGAAUGUAAACAAACUGGACAGUGCACUUUGAAGGCAUGUUUAAUGUUUUGAGUGUAAUGCUGUUUUCUGUCAUGUUUUGGGAUUUGAACAGGGGCUUAUCAGUGACACAGCCCCCCUCUUAUUGUGUGGGGAGGGUCAUUUCAUGUAAGGUGCUUUGCCAAAAUUCAGUCCAUCUGUAUUACUCACAAACUCACUCUUUUUCUGCAUAUAAGCUGAAUGAAUGGAUUGGUAAUACUUUAGUCUAUAUCUGUUACAAUGAUUAAUAGAAAAUACAGUGAAACCUUUUAAUAGCAACUGAUCUCAAAAACAGCGGCAAUAUCAGGAGUUCACCAAUAACCUGACAAAACAAGCCUUUAAUAACUAGCGUUGAAACAAGAAAUGUUCCUGUUUUGCUGUGGGACUUAUAUAUAGUACAAAGGAACUGCAUGGAGUACAACAGUAUUCUUUUAUAACAUUUUCAUUCAAUUUCUUUUACUAUACUGUACAACUUGUAAUUUGAAAACAAUGUGAAAGCUGUAAACAUAUUUUUUCAGUGCUGUGUUCUGUAUUCCAGAUUCAUUGUAUGUAACAUUUCAAUACUGUGCACAGCAAUUUAUUGAGCGCUACACUUUCAAAUGCAUUUAUUUCCCAAAGUGAUUUUAAGUGGGGUGGAAAUCCGUUGUGAAUGACUGAUAUAUAAAUGUGAUUGCUAUUACAA